AUGUCAAAUCAGGCAGCUGAAAUCGAAAUGGCCUUAUCACAGCCAAAACUUCCAGCUAUUGCCGAUUCAAGAAAUCUGGUUUCGCAGCCUUUGUCUACCGCUCAUGAAGAUUUGAACAAUGGCAUUAAUCGAGAGAGGUCGUUUGAGCUAAGGUCUAAAAGCAGUGGUGAAUUGGAGAAUGAAGAUGUCAAGCUUUUAUUCCAACUAGUGUCACGGAGGUUUGUCAACGCUUUGCAGGAGAAUACGAAACAAUCUUGGCGUGACCUUUGCCAAGUAUUGGAUAUUGUGAAGCCUUAUGCGCACUUCCUUACUGGAUCUCCACAAAUAGUUCAUUAUGUCGAGCGAGCAUUUCAAAAAAUUCAAGAUAGUCAGGAUGAGGGAGAAUCCACCUUUCUCUUGGAAAAACUGUGUGCAGUUUUUCCAGCUGAGUUUUCACUUGUCCAGGACGGUGCUCGACCUAAAAAUGUCCAAUUCCCAGCUGGAUCAUCGGAAGAAAGCCUUUUUACACCAAGAGGUCAACACGCACCUUUAUCUAAAGGAGUCCGGAUCCCCCGUGGUGAGCCAUUAUUUCCUGGCGGCACAACUUACACCUUUGACAAAACAGAUGGUGAUAUGACAAGCUAUGGACCUAAGCCUUUGUGUUUGGAAGAUUUAAAAAGAUCUCUUCCCAGUGUGGUAAGAGAAAUAGCUUUUAGAGAGGCAACUUUGAGAGGUUCACUGGGAACAACAGUGCUUGCACUGGACACAGAUUUGCCGCAAACACGGCUACCAACUCCACCACUGACUCCAAGGAGAUCUCCCAGUGUACCUAUUAUAAAAACACCAAUCUCAGAAGCAGGCUGCAUUUCACAACUAAGUGAAUCAAAGAAAUCUAACUUGCCAAAGACAGGCAGGGAGGUAGUGGAGUGUUAUGUUAAAGGUCGUUUCCUCGGGGAAGUAAAGUUUGCUUUCUUGAAUAUUGCACCUUCUGUGCGGUAUGAUCCAUACAAUCUUGUGGUCGUUCCUGAGAACAAAGUCAAACCGGAGCAUUAUGUGAUUUCAUCACAUUGUGUUUUGCAUGUAAAUCCUUUUGGACCAUCAGAGUCUCAGUCACUGGCUGAGUGGUACAGAGAAGCUUGUUUGUUCAAAGCAAUUUCAAGUAUUGGAUUUUUCAAAAACUAUCUCUUAACCAAGAUGUUUCGGAAAUGGAAGGACAUUAAAAAAUUAAGUCACUUUCUCAAAGUGGAAUCAGCAGUUGAGAGAUCUCUCAUUUCAAAUGUUCCUAGCUUUGGUUCAGCAUUGCUUCGAAUCUCAAGCCUCCUCCAAGACUUGGAAAAGAUCACUUUCCUUCCCUUCCAAGUCAAUUUUUCUUACAGUUUGGAAGAGUUUGAGGAUACUGUUUUUAGAACUUGCAACAAAGGAUACCAGUACAUGGAGAAGUUUUUCAAUUACUGCCAAAUGAUUGUUGAUAAAACUCAAGAGAGCUGCUUUGAAUAUCUGGAGUAUUGUGAAGGUCAAGUUAAGAACCACCGGCAUAAUUAUCAUGAAUCUCUUGCAGUCGGCAAAAGAAAGAGAGCAACAAGGCAACAGAAUCUCAAACUUGCACGAGAUGAAGUCAGAAGACUUGGCACUUUUGUAAGCCUAGUGGAUCACAUUAUUGUGUCAAAUCUUUUAACAUUAACCCAAGGAAAUAUUUCUAGAUUUGUCAAUGAAACAAUGCCUGGACCACGCCCUGAAAGGGAUGGGCUUUUUAGUGCUGAAAUUGUGUUUGGAGAUGAUCAUAAGCUUAUGCUAUCACCAUCUGUCAAGCAGUUUGCACGUGCUGUUAACUUUGCCGUGAGAAGUGUGGUCAGUGCGAGCUGCAAUCUUUCACAUGCCAUGGAGUUGGGACAAAGAGCGCAAGCAUUUCAGGAGAAGGCAGAAAAAAAUGGUGCUGAGGAAGGCAGCAGUGAAGAUGAUAGUGCCAAGUUGAAUGGUUCUGUUGCAGUUGAAAGUGUUUACACUAAAGAAAAAAAGGUAGAUGGGCAUAUUGAGAAUCUCAUAUAUGGCAAAGAUUCAAAAAUAGUGCUGACUGGACAGCAACCUGUUUCACAUGCCACAACAACGAUUAUGGUAAGAGCUUACCACUUAUGUUACCCAAAACAAGUUAUUGCAAUAGAUAUUUAUGUCUAGACCCAUUUGCAGUGGCUUCACUAUUAAUAGUUGUUUUCCCAUUUCAGCCUAUGUAAUAUUCUGAAGGGAUUUUUCCUUUGUCAUGUUUAAAAAUUUAAAAGGAUAUUAUUAUCCUCAAGGAUAGCACUAACAGCACAUGGUGUUAAAUGCGUAGUAUACACAAACAACCCAAGCUAAAAUUGUCUCUCCAAAAUAAUCAAAAGGGUGCCUAGAAUAAAGCCCUAAGUGAUUUUUGAUCAACUGCUAAAUUCUGCCUUCAAUUUGCAGGGUGCAAAGAAAAUCAUUUUUACAGCUUGCCAUUCGGACAAGCUGAAGCUAACAUUGACUAGCCCAGACGUCAUUUCAAGUAGCCCCAAAAGCUUUUUGACGAGCAGAAUUGAUCUCACAGUUCUUCUGUUAUUUGAAUUCCUCAAAAAAUAUCACUUGCCCGUCGGGCAAGUUAACAGCAAGAUUCACUAGCCCGAUAGAAAAAUCCACUAGCCCCGGGCUAUCGGACACGACUUUCUUUGCACGCUGAUUUGCCUUGUAUUAUGAAUGUUAAUCAAAGAGAGAGUGUGGUAUUAGGUCAAAAGGUGCUUUAGCACCUUUAAUUCCAUGCACCCUUUCGUAAAUAUUUAUUUAUUAUUUCAUUUAUUUGUUUGAAUAUCCGUUUGUUAUUAGACAUUGUACGAGAUAAAUAAUGAAUUAAAUAAAAUAAUUAAAAAUCAUUCUUCUGAGCCCCCAAUAGUUUCAACGAUUUACUGGAAGUGUGUUAAUUGUGAAUUUCCCUUCAACCUGAUUGGCAAGUAGACAAUGGAUUUUUUAACAGGCCGACCAUAGCAUGCAUUUGAAUCCUGACACACAGCUGGGGGGUUAGAACAAGGAUUUCGGUGCUGGCUCACAAACAGACCAAACCAAAAGUUUAGUUUUGCCUGUGGCACAGGCUGAAUGAAACAGCAUCAUGGUUGUGUUUGUAUUAAUAAUUUUUAUUCUUUUCAGACUCAUUUUGUGGAAGAACCAGACACAUCACACAGUGAUAGUUCAAUCACAAGAACCGAUGGAGAGAUCAAUGAAGACCUGGAUGGUUUGAAUUCUGAUCUCCUGAGUGCAAGAGACAUGAAAGAGGUCUCAGCACAGGAACUGUGCCUUCACCAAGAUCACUCAGGAGGAUUACUGGUGGAAGGGCAGAGGUUUCAGGAUUUUGCUAUUGACAGGAGUCCUUUGACUAAGGAAAAAAUGAUGCAUAUAAUGUACAAGAAGUAAGUUAUCUCAGCUACAAUUUAUCGCUUACUCCAGUUGGUUUGUAAUUUGUUAAGGGGUCAGCAUGCCAGACUUGCUAUCCAAGAGGCCCUCUGAAGGGGGAGAGGGAAAUUUUGUGUACAAUAAAUAUCUAUAGUCCUCAGCAUUAUUGUUUUUACAUCUUAAGAAAUGUUGUUCCCACCUGGUUAUCAUCACGUACCUACCACAUACCAUGCUUUAUUUCUAAGGAUAUUUUUGGUCUGUUACAUCCAACAGCCAGCAGAUCAAACAAGGCCUCAUGUACCAGACACACCUUCUUGCUGAAGCCAGUAAGGAAGUGGAACUAUUUUGCGAUGAUCACACUUGGAUUGCUGAAAUCCAUGAGUUUGUGACAUCAUGGGGUGAUGGCCAAGUUGAAAACUGGAGAGGACAGCUAGCUAUCAAGAUUGAGGUAAACUGAAUAUAUUAGAAAUUUUUUAUUCAUUAGUGUAGUUUUCUCCAGAAGGCAAUAAGUGCAUGAGUGCCUUUGUAGCCUAAAACUCAAUAUUUCUACGGUAAAUCAGUGACAAUCUCAAAUCUUACAUUAAUUUUAUAAUAAACCAUUUUUUUACUGAUGCAUACUGAUAAUUAUGUAAUAUGUAUAAUAUUGUUUGCACACAUGUAGAUCGCGUAGAAUAUUUUAGACAAUAAUAGAGCUGUAUCUUUGACUUUUGCACUGUAGGUAUAUAUAUUUGUACCAUCAUAUAUCAGGUACCGCAUGCAAGUCUAGCAGGCACCAUGUUCUUGAAGUUAAUUGCUAGCCACAUAGCUUUUGCAGUAAUCACCAAAGGCGACAUGAAAUCUUGUCUUGUCUGAUAGUGAACAUGUUCUUUUCUUCUUCACAGCAACAACUGAAUAAAAUCAAAGCUUGGAAGGAGAAAGUACUGAGUAUGACAAAGAGCUUCUGUACUGAAAAUGGAAUCUUCUUUGUAGACUGCCAUGAUGUCCAACAAAAACUUCUUCCACAACUUAACAGUAUAUAUAAAAAGAUGGUUCAAAUGGUGGCCUUAGAUGUCAUAAGGCUCUCUGAUGAGAUGGUGAAAGAUGUGAAUGAGCUCUCGCAGGUAAAAACAAGACUAGACAAUCAUUGAAAGUACAGUGUAAGCAAGCACAUUAUAAUGAACAACACUUUGUAAUUUUUGUUUUCAGAUGAAAGUACAUGUAUGGCACUUAAAGGGUGAUUUUCAUCUGCCUAAAAAUGUGCACAAUGUACUGUACCAUUAUUGAAGCAUUCCUUAAGAUUUGUAACAACAAUCCUUCAUUGUGCUAUCUUGUCAUUUGCUGACUUGGUGUUUGAGCAGGUCUUAUUUGAUUAAUAAAAGUACAAUCAACCUAAGUUGUAUAUUAAACUGGAUGCCUUGAACCUUAACUGAAGAGGUACAUCUGUAUCGAUAGAAAAAGGCCUGAAUUGACUCUUGUCAAGUAAAAUUCUCUUCUCAUUUCACAAGAAAAUACCAGGUAAGUUGUAGGGAGAAUGUAGGAGUCAAUCAGAAGUCACUUGGGCUUUUUUUUUAGGCACUGGCCCCCUUCAUUUUUUAAGUAGCAGGUUAUAUUACAGCAAAGUGGUAACCUCUACUUUGAGUGGUAACAUG